GGCGGGGAGCGCGGUGGGCGCGGAGGCGGCGCCGGGGGCCGCUGCGGGGCGCGGUGCCUCCCGCUCCUCGUCGCCCGCCGCCGCCGCCGCCGCUCCUCCUCGCCGCCUGCAGCCGCCGCCGCCUCCGGCGGCCGCCCCGCUCCAUGGCGACCCCCAGCCCCUGCAUCGUGAUUGGCGAUGAUGAGCAAGGUUACGACCUGGACUUGUUCUGCAUACCUAAACAUUAUGCAGAUGAUCUGGAAAAAGUCUAUAUUCCUCAUGGGCUCAUCAUGGACAGGACGGAGAGACUGGCACGAGAAAUUAUGAAGGGCAUGGGAGGACACCACAUCGUGGCACUCUGCGUACUCAAAGGUGGCUAUAAAUUCUUUGCUGAUUUAUUAGACUACAUCAAAGCACUGAACAGAAACAGUGACAAAUCGAUCCCCAUGACUGUCGACUUCAUUAGGUUGAAGAGUUAUUGUAAUGAUCAGUCAACUGGAGAUAUAAAAGUCAUUGGUGGAGAUGACCUCUCAACCUUGACUGGAAAGAAUGUUUUGAUCGUAGAAGAUAUAAUUGAUACUGGUAAAACAAUGAAGACAUUGCUGUCUCUACUUAAGCAAUACAAUCCAAAGAUGGUGAAGGUAGCCAGUUUGUUGGUAAAAAGAACUCCUCGAAGCGUGGGAUAUCGGCCAGACUUUGUUGGCUUUGAAGUGCCAGACAAAUUUGUUGUGGGAUACGCCCUCGAUUACAAUGAAUACUUCAGAGAUUUGAACCACAUCUGUGUGAUCAGCGAGACGGGGAAGCAGAAGUACAAGGCAUGAAAGCACAGUUGGAGUGCUGUGUGUGGCAACAGAGCUUUCACAGGUUUUGUUUACCGAGUCCCAUCUUUCACAGGCUUCAACUCUGGAACACCAGCUAAACUCGUAGAAUGCCCCCAUUGUCCUGUGCUUGCUAUAAUUUAUUGCAUGUACAAUAUAAGAGCUCGUCUUGUUCAUUUGUAUCUUAGAGAUGGAAACAACUAGUGCAGUUCUGCACUCCUGAUUUUGAUUUGCACUAUGACUCUACCGACUAUUGCUGCCCCUGGUUGGGUUGUGCUGUUUGUGAGCUCCAGAGUCUAACUCUUGCAGUGGUAAAUUGCUUAAACCUCAUCAACCCAGAACUGAAAUAGUUCCAAGUACUGUAAAUGUCAAACAUUUUAUGAUAGGGAAGUCUAUGAGUAAUAUUUUUAAAAGCUGUAAUUUAAGUUUUAUAUUUUAAUGCACAAAAUGUGAUUAAUGGAUCGUUGCACCUUUGGGUGUUAGAAAGCAUGAGGAGCAGCCAGUUACAGUAUCUGUACUCUCCAAGGAGCUCGCUCAGAUCUCCUGGAGUUGCCUUACUGCUGUAAAGGAAAGCCUGGGUGAAAAAUGUCCUUUUGGUUUUGUAGUUUUCUUCCUUUUUUAAGGAGCUGGAGUGACAAAGCAGAAUGUUUAAGUUCUCAGUCUAGUGGAGCUGCCUGUUUCUGUUAGAGGUUUCUUUUGUCUUUCCAAAUAUCCAUCAGUCAGUGGAAUUGCCUUUGAAAUUUAAACGAUUUUAAUAUAUUUGUGGGGAAAAAAAAAAGGUAUUGUAAUGUUUUACUUUCUAAGAUCUGCAAAACAAAGUACUUUAAAUAAAGGCUGUCUCUUUAAAAUAA